AAUCGCAUUGGCCGUGUGAAGUAGCGGGCGCACGGAGUAGACUGACCGAGUGACAGCGUCUGAGUCCCGGGGAGGAGGAUCGCAGAGGCUCCGUGGGAGAAGUCAGCGCCGCGGACACGAUGCCGAACAAGCCGAAGAAGGAGAAGGAAUCCAGCAAAUCUUCCAAAGGCUCCAAGAACAGCAGCAGCGUGAAGGACGGCGGGCCGGAGAACCCGGAGGAGGUGCAGCAGCAGCAGCAGAGCGGCAACAAGCGCGCCAGCUGCAGCACGCCGCCGCCAACGCAGCUCAACAAGAUCAAAUACUCCGGCGGCCCGACGCUGCUGAAGAAGGAGCGGCGCCAGAGCUCGACCCGGUUCAGCCUCACCAAGAACCGCGAGCUGCAGAAGCUGCCCGCCCUGAAAGAUGCCCCGCCCCCGGAGCGAGAGGAUCUGUUCGUGCAGAAGCUGCGGCAGUGCUGCGUUCUGUUCGACUUCAUCAGCGACCCGCUCAGCGACCUCAAGUACAAGGAGGUCAAGAGGGCGGGGCUUAACGAGAUGGUGGAGUACAUCACGCACAACAGCGAGGUGGUGACCGAGAGCAUCUACCCCGAGGCCGUCGUCAUGUUUUCCAUAAACGUGUUCCGGACUCUUCCUCCGUCCUCCAACCCGACCGGCGCCGAGUUCGACCCGGAGGAAGACGAGCCCACGCUGGAGGCGGCCUGGCCUCACCUGCAGCUGGUGUACGAGUUCUUCCUCCGCUUCCUGGAGUCUCCAGACUUCCAGCCCAACGUCGCCAAGAAGUACAUCGACCAGAAGUUUGUUCUGUCGCUGCUGGAGCUGUUUGACAGUGAGGAUCCCAGAGAGCGAGACUUCCUGAAAACGAUCCUCCACCGGAUCUACGGAAAGUUCCUGGGUCUGCGCGCCUACAUCCGCCGGCAGAUCAACAACAUCUUCUACAGGUUCAUAUAUGAGACGGAGCAUCACAACGGCAUCGCUGAGCUGCUGGAGAUCCUGGGCAGCAUCAUCAACGGCUUCGCUCUGCCUCUGAAGGAAGAACACAAAAUGUUUCUGAUCCGGGUUCUGCUGCCGCUCCACAAGGUCAAGUCUCUGAGUGUGUACCACCCUCAGUUGGCUUACUGUGUGGUCCAGUUCCUGGAGAAGGACAGCAGCCUGACGGAGCCGGUGAUCGUGGGCCUGCUGAAGUUCUGGCCCAAAACCCACAGUCCGAAGGAGGUGAUGUUCCUGAACGAGCUGGAGGAGAUCCUGGACGUCAUCGAGCCGGCCGAGUUCGUCAAGGUGCAGGAGCCGCUCUUCAGGCAGCUGGCCAAGUGUGUGUCCAGCCCGCACUUCCAGGUGGCAGAGAGAGCGCUGUACUACUGGAACAACGAGUACAUCAUGAGUCUGAUCAGCGACAACGCCGCCAAGAUUCUCCCCAUCAUGUUCCCUGCGCUCUACAAGAACUCCAAGAGCCACUGGAACAAGACGAUCCACGGUCUGAUCUAUAACGCUCUGAAGCUUUUCAUGGAGAUGAACCAGAAGCUGUUUGAUGACUGCACCCAGCACUACAAAGCCGAGAAGCAGAAGGAGAAAUACAAGCUGAAGGAGCGGGACGAAGUCUGGAUGAAGAUCGAGGAUCUGGCCCGGCAGAACCCACAGAGCAACAAGCUCCACCCCCUGCGUCCUGGACUCCACCCACAGGAAGAGUUCCUGAUGUUCAGCGAUGGCGGUCUGGCCUUCAUCUCCAUGGAGACGGAAACUCCGACAGCAGAGGACAUCCAGCUGCUGAAGAAGACGGUGGAGACGGAGGCGUCCCAGGGGGCGAAGGAGCUGCAGAAGGACAAGGCGCUGAUGCGCAGGAAGUCGGAGCUGCCGCAGGACGUUUACACCAUCAGAGCUCUGGAGGCUCACCAGCGGGCCGAGGAGUUCCUCACAGCCAAUCAGGAGGCGCUCUGACCCCCAUGAGGCCCCGCCCUCUCCGCGGCUCCGCCCCCUGGUGGCCAGAACCAGUAGGACACAAGAAGCUCCGCCCGUCUAUCCAUGUGCCGUGUGUCAGCGCUCCACUGUGAUUGGACAUCAGCCACAAACCACGCCCACAUCUCCCCAGAGGCUGCUGCGGUUCGAACCGCCGCCGAGCGCCUGAACGCAUCGUCGGAUUCCACGGCAGGAACCCGGAGGUGCGUCCCGAUUGGCUGCCCUGGCCCCGCCCCGUUGUGGUGUUUCCAUGGAAACUGGGGCCUUCAGGCUCUACUGCACUUGAACGCAGCGUGGAUGAAUGUCCCCAUGACCUCUGACCUCAGUCAGCCAAUCAGGUUUGGAUCCGCAGAGACGCAGUGAAUGUAGGCGUGGCCUCCGCCAGGGCUACCGCCAAUCAGGGCUUAGACCCAAACACCAAGAACCAGGCCCGGUUCUGAUGGUUCUGAAGGUCCGGUCACCACAGGAAGUGAUGGGAUGGCUGCAGGUUCCUCCAGGCGUUUCAGACAUGAACUCUGAUUGGUCAGAGGAAACAAGUCGUCUAAUUAAGCAGCUCUGAGGUGGGGGAGGGGCUUUGUGAUGUCAGUGAGGCCACGCCCCCAUGAAGAACACGCCCACAUUGGUCACGCCCACAACACGUCUUUUUUUUUCUUCAUGGCUCUUCCAGCUGUUGAGCCUGCAUGUCAUCAUCCCAUUGGCUGUGAUAAGCUCCGCCCCCACCGCCCCCCAUGUCGUGACACCACCAGGCGGCGCUGUUCCAGAUGUUUAUUGAGCAUCACACGGUGAUUUGUACAGAUGUUCAUGUACAGCAGAAAUAAAGCAGAUCCCGCCCACA